AGCGCAUUUCCUGCCUCUCUGGGCCGGGCUGGAUGAGCUGAGCUCCCUGCCGUGAAGGUCAGACCCCAGCCUCUGUCUGUGUCCCAUCUCCAGGCCAGGACUGUAGCCCGUCGCUGUCCACAGGAGCCCAGAGCCCUCUCCCAGCCGUCCGCCCACUAGAGACCCCAGCCCGGCUGUGAGUCCUCUGCCCACUUCUCCUGAUCCCUUGGCCGCCACCCUAGAAGGCUGGAGCAGGGACGUCGUCUCUCCGGCCGCCUGCUCCCCUCAGGUCCCCGUGCGAGCCCACGCCGGCCCCGGCACCCACCCGCCGCCCUGCCUCUGGACACUGGAUAAGGCCCAGCGCACAGACUCCCGGGUGGACAGCAUGGACCGUGGCAAGCUCCCCCUGGCCAUUGCCCUGCUGCUGGCUGUCUGCAGUCUCGGGCCCACAAGUUUUGCAGAAAAAGUCCACUGUGAUCUACAGCCUGUGGACCCCAAGAGGGGUGAGGUGACAUAUACCACCAACCAGGUCUCCGAGGGCUGCGUGGCUGAGGCCCCCAACGCUGUGCUCCAAGUCCAUGUCCUUUUCCUGGAAUUCCCAAAUGAGGUGUCUCAGCUGGAGCUGACACUUCAGGCAUCCAAGAAGCAAAAUGGCACCCAGCCCCACGAGGUGCUCCUGGUCAUCAUCGUGAACAAGAAUGUCUUUGUGCAGUUCCAGGCCCCAGGAAUCCCACUGCACUUGGCCUACAACCCUAGCCUGGUCAUCUUCCAAGAGUCCCCAAGAGCCAACCUCACACAGCUGCCACCCUUUACUACCAAGAGCCACAUCCUCGACUGGGCAGCUACAAAGGGCAGCAUCACUUCAGCCGCGACACUAAAAGACCCCAGCAGCAUUGUCCUCUGGCUGGGCCAAGAUGAGACCGCAGGUCCAGGCCAUGCGCAGGGUCAUUCUGCAGCCCCCAAGUUACCUACCCACUGUAUGCUGGAAGCCAGCCAGGACAUGGGCCGCAUGCUGGAAUGGCGGCCGCGGGCACCAGCCCUGGUCCGUGAAUGCCGCUUGGAAGGCGUGGCGGGCCACAAGGAGGCACACAUCCUGAGGCUCCUGCCAGGCUCUGGGGCAGGGCCCAGGAGAGUGACCGUGAAGGUGGAACUGAGUUGUACAUCUGGAGACCCCGAUGCAGUUCUCAUCCUGCAAGGUCCACCCUAUGUGUCCUGGCAAAUCGACGCCAACCACAACAUGCAGAUCUGGACCACCGGUGAAUACUCCAUCAAGAUCUUUCCAGAUAAUAGCAUCCAAGGCCACGUGCUCCCAGACACACUCCAGGGUUUGCUGGGGGAGGCCCAAAAGCUCGAUGCCAGCAUUGUGGCCUCAUUUGUGGAGCUUCCUCUGGCCAGUGACAUCUCACUGAGGUCCUCCAGCUGUGAUGAUCGGCUACAGACCACACCUACCCCAAUCCCUACCACGCUUCCCAAGUACAGCUGCAGCCCAGAGCUCCUCCUGUCCCUGAUCCAACCCAAGUGUGCCAAUGACAUCAUGACUCUGGUUCUCAAGAAAGAUCACGUGCAGGCUCUGCAGUGCAUCAUUACGGGCCUGACCUUCUGGGACCCCAGCUGCCGGGCUGAGGACAGAGACGAUCAGUUCGUCUUGAGCAGCUCCUAUGCCAGCUGUGGCAUGGAAGCCACAGCAAACAUGAUCAGCAAUGAGGUGGUCAUCAGUUUCCUGUCAGGCUCAUCACCACUGAGGAAAAAAGUGCAGUGCGUCAACAUGGACAGCAUCUCCUUCCAGCUGGGCCUCUACCUCAGUCCGCACUUCCUCCAGGCUUCCAGCACCCUCGAGCUGGGUCAGCAGGGCUUUGUACAGGUGAGCAUGUCCCCAUCCAUCACUGAGGUCACACUACAGAUAGACAGCUGCCACCUGGAUUUGGGGCCUGAACUGGACACGGUGGAACUCAUCCAGGGCCGGGCAGCCAAGGGCAGCUGUGUGAGCAUGCUGUCCCCAAGCCCAGAUGGUGACCCACGUUUCAGCUUCCUCCUCCGCGUCUACAUGGUGCCCACGCCCAUGGCUGGUACCCUCAGCUGCAACUUGGCCCUGCGCCCUAGGACUUUGUCCCAGGAAAUCUACAGGAGUGUCUCCAUGCGCCUGAACAUCGUCAGCCCUGACCUGUCUGGCAAAGGUCUCGUCCUGCCCGCUGUGCUGGGCAUCACCUUUGGUGCCUUCCUCAUUGGGGCUCUUCUCACGGCUGCGCUCUGGUGCAUCUACUCGCACACACGUUCCCCCAGCAAGCGGGAGCCCGUGGUGGCGGUGGCUGCCCCGGCCUCCUCUGAGAGCAGCAGCACCAACCACAGCAUCGGGAGCACCCAGAGCACCCCCUGCUCCACCAGCAGCAUGGCGUAGUGCCCAGCCCAGAGCCCCAGGGGCCCUCCGGCCAGCCCUUGCACCGCAGGAGAGACUGAGAGGCCACCAGCUGGGAACCACUGGCCACGAGCUCGUCCCGGAAGCCCCGUGUAUCCGCGCGACUGAGGACGGAAUGUGCCCUCCGCACCUGCCCCUCCCACCUCCCUCACAGAGGCCUGCUGCCAGCGAGGGCACCGGCUUGGAACACCUUCAGUGCCCUCACCCCAUUUCAUAGAGUCUUCCAAUGCAGAGGUUCUGGGACAAGGCUGUCCAGGAUGGCCGAAAGAUGCCACUGCCCUGUACGCCCACAUUGCUGUAGAAACUUAUGUGGGAAAACUGUGCCAGACAGGUGAGAGCUCUAACCAGGCUACGACACUCGCCACAGAACCCACGGGGGUCAAGCCCAGAGCCCCUGAAUCUGAUUCCUGUGCCCUCCACACCUGGACUCACACAACUUUGGUGGGGGAGACGGAAGCUGAGGGGUGCCCAGCCCGAGGCUCAGAGGGUGGCAAGAACAGUGGGGUGAGGGAGCCCAGCUCCUUCCAAAAAUGUCACAGAGACCUCUCUUCCCAGCCCAUCCAUGCGGCAGGCAACAGGAGAGCAGUGGCCAGGCUGCUGCUCCUGGGCCCACCUCUGUAUAUUCACCACCAAUAAAUCGGACAUGAAACCUG